UCCGUCCGUCCGUCUGUCCGUCCGUCCGUCUGUCCGUCCGUCCGUCCGCGCCGGGGCGUGUGAGGGCGGCGGAGCCCGCAGCUCGGCGCCGGUCGCUGCAGACAUGGUGUCGCUGCUGCCGCGCAUCGAGCGGCUCUCGUCGCGGGGGGUGCGGGUGCUGGGCUGCAACCCGGGGCCCAUGACCCUGCAGGGCACCAACACCUACCUGGUGGGCACCGGGCACAGAAGAGUCCUUAUUGACACCGGGGAGCCAGCUAUUCCUGAGUAUAUCAGCUGUUUAAAGCAGGCACUGUCAGAGUUCAACAUUGCCAUUCAGGAAAUUUUAGUGACACACUGGCAUCGUGAUCAUACUGGUGGAAUACCUGAUAUCUGCAAAAACAUCCCAAAUGACCCAGAAUAUCGCAUAUGUAAGCUCCCUCGUGUUCCUCACUGUGAAGAAACAAUAGAAGGAGGACAUAAAUAUUUUUAUCUUAAAGAUGGAGAUGUGGUACAGACAGAGGGAGCCACACUCAGAGUUUUAUAUACACCAGGACACACUGAUGAUCAUAUGGUUUUACAUCUAGAAGAAGAAAAUGCUAUAUUUUCUGGUGACUGUAUUUUAGGGGAAGGUACAACAGUAAUAGAAGACCUGUCUGAUUACAUGAAAACUUUGAAAAAGUUGUUAGAAAUGAAACCAGAUUUGAUUUAUCCAGGUCAUGGCCCAGUAGUACGUGAUGCAAAUACUAGAAUUCAAAACUACAUUUCUCACCGACUUGCACGUGAACAGCAAAUUCUAAGUGUUUUCCAGAAGAAUACUGGGAAAUCAUAUACAUCCUCGGAGCUUGUAAAGAUAGUGUACAAGGAAAUUCCUGAAAAUUUACUUCCAGCAGCAGAACAUAACCUCCUAGUCCACUUGAAGAAGCUGGAAAAAGAAGGAAAAGUGUUACGUGAUGAAACUCCCAGCUUCAGAUGGAAAAACAAUUUAUAAGUUAGGCAAGAUCGCUCAGGAAUGUAUCUAAUCUGCAUGGUCACUCUAUGAAAAAUCAUAACAAUGAACUGGGACUACAUGUAAAAUAAAAACUGAUUUUUACUAAUUUUUUUUAAAGUGGUAACGAUUUUAAAGCAAUGUUACAGUAAGUUAACUAAUGUGUUUCACAUUCUACUUCAUCGAAAUUUUUUAAAUUCCCUGGUGGGUACUGAGUCAAUAAAAUAGAAGAGUGUAAAGGAUUGAAUCUUUACCUUACCAUAAAAUGCUGAGUUCUAUCAUUGGUGGCAAAAGACAAAUAGCAAGGUCUCAUAAACUUAAUAAUAUAUUAUCUUAAAGCAAUACUAUAAUCUUAAUAAAUAACAUAUAUAAAAGAAAUCUCUAGUAAAAAAACCAGAAAAUUUGUUAUUCUAAACCUGGUUUCACCUGCUUGUGCUUCUCAAAAAGUGAUUUUCUAAUAAGUAAUCUGUAAAUUGUAAAAUACCAAGUUAUUUCUGCUAACAGGUGUAAAUACUGGGGUUUAUGUUCUUUUUCUAAUUCAGCUGACUGUGCUCAUCUUUGUUGGUUGCUCGGUGCAAUAGGUUUUAAGAAACACUGAAAGUAAUUUCAAGCUUUUUUGGUUUUUCGGUGGAAACACCAUUUCUAUGGAAUUCAUUCAAAGGAUUCAUUAAUUUUAACUAAUGAGUGCCAAAAAAUGCACAGAGUUGGAGCAGGCUCUUAAAUUGUUUAUAAGAUUCUGCAAGAAUGUGAUUAAAAAGCUGUAUAAAUUGAGAUGUGUAUUACACACCAUAUGAAGUUAACCUUGUCUGUGACAUCAUGACUAACAAUCAAGUUCUGCUGUUAAUCCAUUUAAAGUAGAAAUGUUUUAACUAAAAGGUUGUAUUUGGUUGUAAGAUACUGUACAGUGUAUUAAAAUAUGUUUGGAGAUUAAUUUAAAGUGGAAGUUAAUUUCUCUGUGAACCUUACACUUGCAGAAUAGUACAUAAAUAUUUGCAUUACUUUGUGUAUUCAAAAUGUGUGACAUUUGAUGAUAUAUACAUUUUUAUAAUUUUACUCAGCCUUAAAAAACAAAAGCAGGUCUGAGAUGUUUGAAAAUACCAAGGACAAAUGCAUGUCCUUGAAAACCAUUCACCAUUCAAUCCUGUACCCUCAUUUAUGAAACUUACAUAUAUGUUUGGGUACUUAAGGUGUGUCUUAAUAAUUGACAUUAUUUUAGGAACCUGAUGGCAUUUGUUCUCAUCAGCUGGACAAAUCUAAAACAAAAAUACUUACAAGAAUGGCAACCCAAAGCUGAAAUCAUAUUCUGAAGUAGUAGGCAGACCCCUGAAGAAGGGAAAUAAUUAC